CGCGUGACGUCACGGUGGCGGAAGUCGCUGCCGCUGUUUUGAAAUCAGACCGCCUGAGUCCUACAAGCUCUUGGUCAGACCGAGGCCAGCGUCCGCCCACCGUUCGGCGUACCCCCCGACGCCUACUCUCCAGCCAGGCUGACCUGACGCCGCAGCCCCGCCAUGUCCACCCCUCCGUUGGCGGCAUCGGGGAUGGCGCCCGGACCCUUCGCUGGGCCCCAGGCUCAGCAGGCCGCCCGGGAGGUCAACACGGCAUCGCUCUGCCGGAUCGGGCAGGAGACUGUCCAGGACAUUGUGUACCGCACCAUGGAGAUCUUCCAGCUCCUGAGGAACAUGCAGCUGCCCAAUGGUGUCACUUACCACACUGGGACAUAUCAAGACCGGUUAGCAAAGCUGCAAGAUCAUCUUCGUCAACUUUCUAUUCUCUUCAGGAAGCUGAGACUGGUCUAUGACAAAUGCAAUGAAAACUGUGGAGGGAUGGAUCCCAUUCCAGUAGAGCAACUUAUUCCAUAUGUGGAAGAAGAUGGGUCAAAGAAUGAUGAUCGGGCGGGCCCACCUCGUUUUGCUAGUGAAGAGAGGCGAGAAAUUGCUGAAGUAAAUAAAAUGGAGGCUGUAAAAGAUCUGGUGAGCAUCUGAUGCUUAAACACAAGCCAUUUGUGUUGGGAAGUGAAGCACUAGAAAGCUAAUCACAGGCUUUGUGAGUUGGCUUCAUCAUAGCGAGAUUCAGAAGCAAUUGGCUCUUUUCUUUGGGGGACCUCCAACCAUCAUUUGUGGAGGUUUUUUUUGUUUUUGUUUUUGUUUUGUUUUUAAGAGCUAUUCAGUUUUUCCAGAGAAGAAUCCUCCAGUGUCCACACAGAAUGACAGUCUCUUGCUUCCUGGCCUUCUGCUGUGCUGGUGGCACUGAAUCCCCAGCUGUUCAGUUUCAUAGGAAGCAAACCUCCUGUUCCCUGAAAGAUGGGGUGGCAUACAGGAGAGGGUACUCAGUAACCUUCUGGGGAGGAGGGGGAGUGAACUCUGGGGGCUCGCUGGUCCCCACAGCUGUCUCCCUCCAGUGUCUGUCCUCAGGCUUCACAUGCUGCCUGCGAUGGCACCUGUCUCCCCUGCUCACGGAGGAUCAGCCUGUUCCCGUGGCCAUCCUUCCGGCUAUACCAUAGUUUCCACCCAUGUCAUUUACUACUCCCCUUCUACUUGUCAUCUUAAAAUGUGCCACCCGGCAUCUGCGAUUAUCUCCUUUCGGAUCCUUUUUCUCCACAUGGACUUAGAGCUUUUGCAUUCCUCUCCCGCCAUUUUAUUACGGUUUGAGAAAAAAGAAAAGAUAAGCCCUGUGGACUAAACACAUGUGUUUAUCUGCAGCAGGUUUAUUUCAGUAUACAAAAUAGACAGUAUUUCUGAUGGUUCAUCUGCUUAUGGAAUAAAAGCCCAUAUUUUAAAUUCUGUGUUCUCAUUUAUACUUCAGGCAUUUAAGAACUCUUUUUGAUUUUGAUUAAAUCAUUUGAAUCUGUUGAA